AUGAUCAUGUGUUGUCUGCAUUGCAAAGUCAACCUUGUGUCCACUCUGUGAUGGAUUUUUUUUCUCUCUCUCUCUGUCUCUCCUUAUUCUUGAAAAAAUAAAUAGAAAAUUCAGCUAAUCAGCAAUCUGCCUCUAAAUGAGAACUGUGAAGUUCGAGCUUUGUUUUAUCAUGCACAAAGGACCGUGUAGAAAUCUACAGUGGAAAGGCCAUUAACCAAUUCUGCUCACAAAAAAAGGUGCCAAGUACUAAUUUGUGAGCGCUGCAGCAAUGCAAAUGGUCUGUGAAUGCCUCGUCUGGCCACUUGUGCUUUCUUGUUCCUUUUCUCGUAUGCCUUCAUUUUUAUAGCACGCUCAAUGCAGCUCUCUUAACUUGGCUGUGCAAGCCUACCCUCCCAUCUUUGCUCUUCAGCUUUUCUGCAGUAGUUACAUUCCUCUCAAAACACACAGUCAGCCCCCCACACCUUUCUGAGCUCUCCAACUCGAGUCUGCAGUGCUGCUGGCUUGGAGGCAGCUUGCAGCAAAGCGAGAUGGAUGAAGCCUAUUGAUUUUCUGCUCCCCUCCUCCUGAUGGAGAGCCCUUGAUAGGAAAUACCCAGCUGGUAAAGGAUUACAUGACUGAAGAGUCCGAGGUGCUGUUGUGUUUGAAGCUGCAGCUGCAUUAAGACCACACCUGAGGGACCACUCUGGAAAGUUCACCUUUAGACUUCGCCAUGACAGACACUGUGUUUGGAAGCAACACGGAUCGCUGGGUGUGUCCCAGUGACAGACAGCUCACCCUCCGAGCCAAUGAAAAGGAACAGCUAGGUGGCGGCUGGUCAGUGCACUCCAACCAGACUGAACGACAGAGGAAGAACGAGGAGCUGACUGAUGAAGAGAAGGAGAUCAUUAACAAUGUGAUAGCAAGAGCAGAAAAGAUGGAGGUCAUGGAGCAGGAGCGCAUUGGGCGACUGGUGGAUCGUUUAGAUACUAUGCGCAAGAGUGCUCUUGGAGAUGGUGUAUCACGUUGUGUGUUAUGUGGAGAACAAGUUGGCAUGCUUGGCGUGGCUUCAGUGGUAUGUGAAGACUGCAAAAAGCAUGUUUGUCAGAACUGCGGAGUUGAGUCGAACAGCAGACCCCGCUCUGUGUGGUUAUGCAAAAUCUGCAGUGAACAAAGGGAGGUUUGGAAGCGCUCUGGAGCAUGGUUCUUCAAAGGUUUUCCUAAACAAUUCCUUCCAUCACCAAUGCCAAUCACCAAGCAAAAAGAAAGUACUGGACAAAAAGACUCUCCUGUUGCGGAGUCUUCUGGCCAAGAACAAAGAGCUGGCAGUUAUUCUCGCACCCAGAAUCAGGGGCCUGCAGAAUUGCCAUCCCAACAAUCAGAACUAGAAUGUCAAGGUGAACCAGAGGAGAGAAGACCCAUGGGCAGACGAGCAGUGAAAUCUCGUGAUGCCAGCCUCCACAGUGCUGAGCCAGGUGGAUACAGUUCGGAAGAAGAUGGUACUGCUGGCGCCUAUCGAGCUGCCAGAAAGGGGCUGAGACCCCAGCGUUCUGAGCCCGGCACAGAGAUUGGCAGAGGAAGUUAUCCACCAACGAACCGAAAAGCCCAGGAUGUCCGUGCCACUCCCAGCAGUAACGAGUAUCCUGCCGCAGAAUCUGAAGCACGGGAGGCAUGUUUUGACAGUGCGGACAGGGAGGCUAACCGGAAUCCUGUAGCUGUUAAAAGAGCUACUUCUGUGCAGGCACCUCGUCCAGCACCAGUGGUCCAGGCAACUCAGCCAGGGGUAAGGAGUGCACAGAGUGGUCCACCUUCUCGAUACCUUGAGCAGAAGCCAGGUGGUGCGCCAGCAGCUGUUGUACAGCCACAAAGUGUACCGAGAGAGGAGAAGAGGCAACCAGCUCCACCUGCGCAACUCCCACCUGAGGAAGAUGAGGAGGAUGCCAACAGCUAUGACUCUGAUGAAGCCACAACUCUGGGCUCCUUGGAAUUCAGUCUGUUAUAUGACCAAGAAAACAGUUCCUUAAAUUGCAGUAUCAUUAAGGCAAAGGGUUUGAAGCCAAUGGAUUCCAAUGGAUUAGCUGAUCCGUAUGUCAAAUUGCAUCUUCUGCCAGGAGCCAGUAAGUCUAACAAGCUGCGCACAAAGACGCUAAGAAAUACACGCAAUCCAAUUUGGAAUGAAACCCUAGUUUACCAUGGCAUCACAGAUGAGGACAUGCAGAGAAAAACCCUGAGGAUUUCUGUGUGUGAUGAAGACAAGUUUGGACAUAAUGAAUUCAUUGGUGAAACCAGAGUGUCUUUGAAGAAGCUGAAAAUGAACCAGAAGAAAAACUUCAAUGUCUGCCUGGAGCGAGUUAUCCCAAUGAAGCGUGCUGGGACUGCUGGAUCUGUUCGAGGGAUGGCACUAUAUGAGGGUGACGCUGACAAAAGUGGUGACGCAGAAGAGCGCGGACGAAUAUUGGUUUCCCUAAUGUACAGCACACAGCAGGGUGGUUUGAUAGUGGGUAUUGUACGCUGUGUGCACCUUGCUGCAAUGGACGCUAAUGGAUAUUCAGAUCCAUUUGUGAAACUCUGCUUAAAGCCAGAUAUGGGGAAAAAGGCAAAAAACAAAACUCAGAUUAAAAAGAAGACCUUGAACCCGGAAUUUAAUGAGGAAUUUUUUUAUGAUAUCAAGCAUAGCGAUUUAGCAAAGAAGACGCUGGAUAUCUCAGUGUGGGAUUACGACAUUGGAAAAUCUAAUGACUAUAUAGGCGGUUGUCAGCUAGGUAUCUCUGCGAAAGGCGAGCGGCUCAAGCACUGGUAUGAAUGCCUCAAGAACAAGGACAAGAAGAUUGAGCGCUGGCACACUCUUUUAAAUGAGAACCAUGUUGCAAGUGAUUAGGUUCUUUGUGCACAACGUCCUCUUUCGCACCAAGUCCUAUGUUUCUCCUCCUUUUACAAGUCUUGUCUUCCAGCUGGCCACUUUGGGAAAGCUUUAUUCUGCACAGAUGCAUUCCACACUCCUGUCCCCACCUUCCAGAUGUAUGUCACACUUUUAUGAAGACAAAAGAGACAGUCAAGGGUGUCUCCCCUAAUGUUUUCUUUGAUGGUUUAAGAGAGGUGGUUAUCCAUUUUGUCUGUAUAUGCCUAUAUAAAUAUAUAUAUAUAUAUAUAAAUAUUUAAAUGUUUCACCAUUAUGAAAGUACAGAUAGGGUCAAAGGGGGGAAAAAGCAUACUUAUAAAAAAAAAAAAAAUUAUAUUUUUUAAAGUUGCCCUUGCGUCCAGUACAGUUACUCUCAUAACAUAAGUUUAAAGUUUUUCUUCAUCUUCCUGGGGAUGAAAAACUAGCACUUACUUUAUUUUGGUGUGUCCCCUUUUAAUAUAUAGGAGGAUAAGUAAAGACAGUAUUAUUCAUAAACACAAAAGAAAGCAUGUAUUAAAUAGUUAUGACAUGUUUUUAAAAUCUUUCUGAAGAAAUGUUACACUGCAUUGCUUUGUUCCUGUGAUGAUGUCCCUUUCCCUCACUAGACAGGGAAACAAACUUCUUUAUUAAAUUAAAAAAAGUUGCCCCCCAUCAGCAGUGAUAGUUUCAUGCCUCGCACCCGCUUUAUGUAUCGAUUCAUGCUGUGACUGGCUUAGCAAAUCGCUAUACCGAUUUUUGAUUUUUUUUUCCCAAGGGGAAUUCGCGUGAUCAUUUGGCCCGACUUGCAAAUGGACACGGAUCAUUGCGUUUAGGAAACUUCUUUCUUGUCUUUUUGUUUAACGCCGUACGGCUGCCUUUUGUGUUAACUUUCAUCGCAGUUCUUUUGCCGUGAGAAUCGAUGGAAGAUCUAAAUGGUAUGGUCAAGAUCUGUUUGUUUAAGUCCUGAGUUGUGAGCAAGUGUGAUACUAGUUAUCUGCAGACUAGUGUCCUUUCUUUCCUAAAUUGUGAAUGGCGGUCUGUAGUCAGACUUAUCGAGAGACAAGGUGAUGCUUGUUAUCCCACCCAGCCCAAGAUAAGAAAACGAAUGAGAUUUUGUUUGUUUAUCGGCUUUUUUUUUUUUAUGUCAGCACAGUAACGUUUCUAAAACAAGUUGUAGGAACAGGCGUAUAUUAGUUGACUGGGGUUGCCACCAAAUGAGUGCAGUCUGUUUCUGACGCACGACUACUAAACGCAGAGUCUUUGGGGAGAAUGGAAACCUGCCCAGUUCUUGUGAGGCUGAUUUGUAGACCUCUUUUGGAGUGCAGAAGCUAUUAGAACACUUUGUUGUCUUUGUAUGUUACUUUUAGCCUUAAAGUAGUUUACUCAAAAUCAUGCUACUUAGGACACAAUGCGUAUGUGCAGGCAGCAUUAUGUCUGUUUAGUGACACAAGUUUUCCUUCAUUUUUUCAUUUUGUUUCCCUCAGAAGUUGAAAAAACAGACUUGUAAUAAUUCAUAGACUGGUUAGUGACAUGUACUGAACUUGAAAAUGGGUCAUCGUUGGUAAUUAAGCCUCUGUUACAUCAAGUUCAAUGGCCAUAAAUAAACGAUCUUCUGUUCACGAAAGCUGAAUGGCUGCUGCAGAAGUGCAGCUCUUCCCUUUGCUAAUGCCAGCCUGCAUGUUAGCCAUAAUAAAGCCUGAAGGUGUUGCUAUCUAUCACUGCUACAGAAAGAAAAGCACACAAUGUACAAUGUAUGAUCUCAUUCUUUAUACUGUAGUCUUGCAGAUGUUUCUUCACUCCCUAUGCAUGAAGCUUCUUGUGAAAUGAAUGACCUUCUUUCUUCUCUUGAGUAAUGCUUCUUGAACAAGCUUCUAUUAACCUGUCUAUUACGACAACAGUCCUCUGAACACUGGCUGAUGACAAUUUCGGAUUAUAAUGCUUGUAUUCAAUACUACGCACCUUACUGAGUGAUACGUUUGGCACAUAGAAUUUUGGGGGUUUGUGCCUCAUCUGUGCUAUCUUAGCCAGCCAUCAUCCAGUGUCCCUUUCCUGUGUUUCUGAAUCUGUACACCAACUGAGUCACCUUCUUCACUGUAUUUGUGUCAAAAGUGUCAUCUCUGGCUAUAUCGGGUUAAAGGAUACAUCAGUAUGUGAUAAGGUAUAAAUCACUCAGUGUGCCUGUGUGCAGAGAUCAUUUUAAUGUGCGACCUCAUUUUGCAAAGAUGUCCUCCGAGCCACGGUGAUUGUUACGGAUACAUUCAUUUAAUAAACUAGAGGUCUGCUGCCAACAUUCACUUGCUGGAGUUUUGUUCAGUUGAACUGACAUAUUGUGACCCUAAAUACAGACCAAUAUCUCAUAAUAACUUCAAUACUGAUAAACUAAAAUGAUAUUUAUGACCAGUA